CGACAGCAUUCCAGUAGCUUAUGUAUGCUCCGAGGAAGCCUUCUUGCCUCUCAUUUAUUCUGUAGCCUCUCUGAUUGAUUUUCUGCUAGAGCAAUUUCCAAAAGAUAGGCGUCUUGGGUCAUAUUCGACAGGCCGCAAAACUUAGCAAUGGGCAUAACAGAUAGCAAGAUGCUGGCGGAGAAGGUGCUUACCGCUUGCGAAGCGGCCCAAACGCAGGGCAAGUGUGAGCUGGACGUUGACUCUUUUUGGAGUGAUGAAGUUGUGUCAAAGGUCGCCAAAAAGAUUUUUCAACACAUACCUAGACGUAUUCGUGGUACCGUCCGCCAGAAUGCUGCGGAGAGGGCCGCCGUCAGAUCCGGUUCAAAGAUCAUCAUCCCUAGAGUUGUUAAAGACAUACAAGCCAACCAAACUAGAGUUCUGGAAGAGCAAGGUUCACGGCAAGAAAUUUACAUGUCUAUUCUUCAGCGUGGAUAUCUGCAAAACCAAUCGACGAAACAUUCCUCGCUAGCCGGAUGUUACAUGCUAAUGGAAGACGUCGAGAAAGAGAACGACGUUGGCCUUAUCCGCCUUCGAUUUCACUGCCUUUUGUUUUAUCACUUAAAACAAUACAUACAGCCGAAUGGAUUUUGGAACGACUCUAUAAGUUUUAUGGUGGAAGUGAUUGGCAUUUCCGGCCUGGUUGAAGACUCGAAAGAUAUCAUACGGGAGAAACUGGUGGCCUGGACAGAUAAAGGGAAGAGAUAUGCUCUUCUAGCGAGAGAUCUAGGAGGAUUAGGAUCUUUGCUGGUCCUACCAGGUGAUAUCCCUGAGUCGGUGUAAGCUCGCUUCCUAUAAACUACUUCUUUCUCGCUGGUGAUGUAUCUUCAGGUGGGUUAAAGAUCUUCCAAAGUCGGCAGAUAAUGAAAGGCGCAUCGGCGUGUUGGAUAAUUUGAAGGGACGAGGGAUUAUUCCUAUUGCUGAAAGCCUCAACAUGACUGCGCAAGUGGAAUUGGAUAAUCUUUGGAAUCAGGUUAAAGUCUCGGUUGAUAUGGAGGUUAAACGACAGCGACCG